AUGAUAAAUGAUGAAGAAGCUGAUAUUGCUGAAGAAAGAAAGAUUACAGUGAAGUAUAAUAGAAAAGGUUGGGAAGAAGAAAGUAGUGUUCCAGCUUAUGAAAUUGGUGCUGGUGUAGGAGGAAGUGGAACUGGUGGAGGAGGAACUGCUGGAGGUGGAAUGGAAAAACCGUCGAGAUUGGACACUCCUAUAAAUCAAAAUGUAAAUAAUGGUAAAAAUGAAGUUGUGGAAGGAGAAGCUGUUGAAAAUGAUAACAAGAAAAAGACUCGUUAUACUUCUCGUAUUGUUGGCCAAGACUUCACCGAUUCUGAAGAGAGUGGUGAUGAUGAGGAUGAAAUUGUGUCAGUUAAACGUCCAGCAAGUGAAGGACAACAAAAUGUGAUUUCCAACCAAAAAUCUGAUGGAGAAAAUUUGACAUCUUUUGUGCCUCAACCUGUACUUCCACCUGCAACCAUUUCCAGUAGCACUACAUUUGUUCCUCCUCCACGUUUGUCUGGUCAUCGUGCUGGUAUUCACAAGUUUAUGCAAGAGAAGGUUGAACAGAAAAAAAUGGAAGGAGCAACAACACAACAACAGCCAACCCCAUCUUCGCUUAAGCCAAAAAUAAAGCGUUAUCCUGUUAAUUAUUCGUCUGAUGAAUAUGAUGAGGAUGAUAAUAUAUUUAAUGAACAGCAAAAGCCAAGGGAGAAGGAGAAAAGUGUCGAGAAUAUUUUUGGUGGUGGACGUGUUGAACAACAAGGAAGAGGAGGAAUUAGCACAAACAACAAUUCAACUCCUAUGUUUAACUCAUCUCUUCCUUCACAACAACAGCAACAACCUCAACAACAGCCCACUUCUUCUACACGUCAUUUGUCAACAUUCUCAAGUAGUUCAAUAAAUCAGCAACAACAGAACAACAAUGCAAGUACUUUCAACUCACCUCAAAAGAACAUUAAAAUUGAUUCUGAAUGGUUACUUGUAGAUAAAGUUGAAUGGUUACGUAAUGAAGCUAAUAAACAAAAAAUGUCUCAUGAAAGUCGUCCUGAUGAGGGUUCUUUUAUCUUCCGCAAAGGAAACGAAGUUUUGGUGUUGACAGAAUCUGAUGAUAAAAUUCGAGCUUCCAAGCAUUGUGAUGGUAGAAUUAAGUGGGAUGCAUAUUUUCCUAAGACGGAAUGGAAAUUAUUUUCUAUAACUAUACUUGGACUUGUCUACUCGUUUAUGCUUCGCGGUGAGUGA